UUUUUAAGUCAAUGGAUGGAUGAUCCUUUCAUUUGGUCAUUCACAAGCUGCUUGUUUAUACAAUCCAUCAAGGCAGAUUACAUGUUCACAACACCUCAUCCAUGGCACUUGUGAGAGCAGCCGAUUCACAAACCUCCUCUGUUUCCAGUACUUCUCGAUAUUGUCGUUAUCACGUGUUCCUGAGUUUCAGAGGUCAAGACACUCGCAAGGCUUUCACUGACCACCUCUACACGGCCCUUGUCAACGCCGGAUUUCGCACUUUCCGAGACGACGAUGAAGUCGAGAGAGGAGAAGGUAUCAAGCCUGAACUGCAGAAAGCAAUCAAACACUCACGAACUUCUGUUAUUGUGUUCUCAAAAAACUACGCGUCGUCCAGAUGGUGCCUUGACGAGCUCGUCAUGAUCCUUGAACGCAAGAGGAUCUCAGCUGACCAUGUCGUUUUACCUGUCUUCUACGACGCGGAUCCAUCCGACUUGCGGAAGCAGACAGGAAGUCUUGCAAAGGCAUUUGCUAGACACCAAAAAACCCAACCGUCGAACAAAGUGAAGGAAUGGAGGAAGGCACUUAAAGAGGUUGCAGAUCUGGCAGGGAUGGUCUUACAAAAUCAAGCUGAUGGACACGAGUCAAAGUUUAUCAACAAGAUUGUUCAAGUGAUAGGAGGGAAACUAAGGCGUAGACCCCUAAGUGUUCCCCGCAUCAUGAUCGGAAGGCAUUCUCUAGAUCUAGUCAACAAACUGAAUUUGUGGUUACAAGAUGGAUCAGAUGAUGUUGGCAUACUUGUAAUUUAUGGCAUGAGUGGAAUAGGGAAGACAACCAUUGCAAAGUCUGUUUAUAAUUCAAACUUUGGAAGGUUUGAAGGAAGCAGCUUCCUUGAAAACAUAAAAGAAGUUUCCCAGCAACCCAAUGGCUUGGUUCAAUUACAAACACAGCUUCUUUCUGAUAUUUUGAAUAGGAGAAAAAUGAAAAUAAGCAGUGUUAGUGAAGGAUUAACUGAGAUUGAAGAUGCAAUAAGCUCUAAGAAGGUUCUCCUUGUUCUCGACGAUGUGGAUCAUAUGGAUCAAUUAGAUGCAGUAUUUCGGAUGAAAGAUCAGUUUUAUCCAGGAAGUAAAAUCAUAAUAACAACUAGGCAUGCAAGAUUGUUAAGGGCUCAUCAAGUUACUAAGAUGCACAAAGUUGAAACUUUGGAUGACAAGGAAUCAUUGGAGCUUUUUAGUUGGCACGCUUUUGGUCAGGACCAUCCCAUUGAAGGUUACGUAGAAUAUUCACAAAAAAUAGUGGAUCAUUGCGGAGGACUUCCAUUAGCUCUUAAAGUUUUAGGUUCUUCUAUGUACUUGGGGGAUAGUAUAGAUGUAUGGAAAAGUGCAUUGGAGAAGUUAGAAGCUAUUCCAAAUCGUGAAAUAAUAAAUAAACUAAGAUUAAGCUAUGACUCUUUGCAAGAUGACCAUGACCGAAAAUUAUUCCUCCACAUUGCUUGUUUCUUUAUCGGAAGGGACAAAGAUUACAUUGUUAAAAUACUAGAUGGAUGUGAUUUCUAUACAAUUGUUGGCAUUCAAAAUCUCAUCGAUAGAUGUUUGGUGACUAUUGAUGAAUUCGACAAGGUGCAUAUGCACGACCUGAUUCAUGGAAUGGGAAGAGAAAUUGUUUGCCAAGAAUCAAAUGAACCUUGGAAGCGUAGUAGAGUAUGGCAUCAUAAGGACUCUUUCAAAAUCUUGAUGGAAAAGAAUGUAAGAAAUAUGCGUUCUUUGUACACAUAUAUGUUUUUCUUCUUGUAAAUAUUUUCCAAAUGUUUUUCUCCUUUCAUUUGUAGGG